GAUCGGUCAUUAGUUUACUUCGUGACGUCGGAUUAAAAAAAGAAAACAUUUUAUGAUUGUGCAGAAUUCUAAGACAUCAUGUCAUCAAUACGUUAAUACAACUAUAGUUGAAUAACAGUAAUACUAAGAACAGAAUUUUUACAGCAAUCUUCUGAAUGCACUGAGGACGCUUACCAGCGAAUCAUGUACACCCAGGGCAAUCUCAGUGGACGAAGAGGGCUAUAUAGGGCGGAUAGGGAGGUGGAAUACAUGAGAUCAAAAUAUCCCGACCCCCGGGACUUUCGAUCCCCUCCUUCUGAGCAAUAUGAUACACUGGGUGGCCGUGCUCCAACCACAGACAGGGUUUACAGACCCUACAACAUUGACCCCCCUGUGGACUAUGGAGAGAGGAAGGAGGAUUAUAGGGAUGAUGGUGAGGAUAAUGGUUCUUUUGCCAACUCCAUGGAGAAAAGAAAAUCCCUUAGGAAGCUCUGCGGACGUUUCGCCGAUAAAACCGCCAUGCAGGGAGUUGGGUAUAUAAACUCUGCGAGAUUCUGGUAUUCUAAGGCUAUAUGGGUGUUCCUUCUCAUGGUGGCAUUUGGCUGGAUGAUAUUCCAUCUCGUUUAUCUCAUAUCUCAGUUUUUGGAAUUGCCCGUUCAGACUAAAAUUUCUUUGGGAUUUAAUAGUCUUCAAUUUCCAGCCGUUACAGUAUGCAACAUGAAUGUUGUCAAAAAAUCAGAACUCCAUACUACAUCUGUUGGAUUACAAAAUCUUGUCGGCAUCACGGAUCCCAGUCGAUUUGAUCCCAGGAAUAAAAUCCCAAAGAGGAAGAAAAGAUUUGUUGAAGAUUUCGAGAAUUUUAAUUUUGACAAUCUGACGGACUACGGGGACUAUUACGAGGACCCUGAUUACAGGGAUGAAGGGUUCAAGGACGCCAAGAGGGAUGACCUUUACAAAGUGGAGAGCACUUUUAAAAAUCUCUAUCUGGCAAUGCCGAGGAUGGUCAGAGUCAAUGCCGGACAUCAGAUUGGAGACAUGCUAUUGUCAUGUUCUUUCAAUGGCUACAAAUGCUUCCCUAUGAAUUUCACAUUGGUAAAUACUCCAGACUAUGGAAAUUGCUUCACAAUACAGUCGACUACAUUUGUGUCAAAGAAUCCGGGCCCAUCUUCUGGGUUGACGCUAAUAUUUUAUACUGAAAAUGAAGAGUUCCUCACAGGAAUAAGUCAAGGCUAUGGCAUGCGUUUACAGAUCCACGAUGUUGGUUCCUUUCCUAUGCCAGCCCAAGAGGGAAUUUACAUUUCAUCUUCAUUUGAAACACAUAUUGGUUUACGUUUGACAGACAUAACCCGCAUCACACCGCCUCACAGAUAUUGCGAAGAUGGCAAUGACUUUAAGGCAAAGAAUAAAGUAGAAUAUUCAAGAUCAGUGUGCCGUAUUUUCUGUGAACAAUCGGCUAUGUUGAGCGAAUGUACGUGUUAUUCCCAUGAAUACAAGGAGUUCUUUCAUUUUACCAAUAACACCAAUAAAAAUAAAUGGUGCCGGACACAAAAAGAAAUUCUGUGCGUUGCAAAAAUCAUGAGGGAAUUUAAUUCGCAACAGAGGAAAUGCGCUUGUCUAAAUCCAUGCAAGGAGAAAAAGUAUUCUUUGUUUCCCAGCAGUCGACAGUGGCCCACCACAGAAUACGCAACAACUUUAAUGCAAGGAUUAUGUGAGAAAUUUCCCCUAAAGUGUGAGAGAAUUGUGAACUUGAGUGUUGAUCCACGAUCUCUGGGGUUAAACUUUUUAAAAGUAAAUAUUUAUUAUGAGGAUCUCAACUACGAAGAUUUCCAAGAGGAACCGGAAAUAGCUACUGCCCAGUUUGCGUCAGAUGUCGGAGGAGCUAUUGGUUUGUGGAUCGGUCUUUCUAUUUUAGCCAUAUUUGAAGUAGUUCAAUUUUUUGUUGAGCUCUGUGCAUAUGGGGUGCACGCUUGGCGAUUCAAUAGUAGAAAAGCGAAAGAAAAAGAAAAGCGGAAACAGAAAGAACAAAUUCAAAAACAGAAUGGAUACGGAACAAAAAGAAAUCAAGAUAUUGUGGGAAAUGAUAAAGAAUACAAUAAUCCCUGGAAUUCAAGAUUUGAUAUAUAUUAACAUCUAAAGCUGUUGCUUUGGAAUUUAAAUAAGCAUAACUUUUAUGAAAAACACUGUAUGUCAAUUUUGAAGAUGCUCAUCUAGACUCAACUGUUAAAUCAAAUGUUAUGCAAAAAUUGAUUUUUGUUGGAACCAUGCAUUUUGGGAACUAGAAUUUUUAAUUUUUGAAGUUUGAUUUUUCUAUGUUGUGAUGAUUAAAAAUCUCUUAAGGUAGGAUUCCUCUCACACAAAACUGUAUAUCUUGUACAUGUACCGUAUAAGUGGAAAUUUUAGCGAGACGCAAAUUUAGCGAUUUCUAACUAAAAUCUGGUAUUUUAUUUUAGCGAGAAGUAAUUUUAGCGAUUUUAAAGUGCUUACUAAAGAAGCAAACAUAAAUGAUACGCAAUUAAUUUUUAGCGAUAUUCAAUUUUAGCGAUGUCAGACCCCUCGCUAAUAAUGCCAAAAUUAAAUCCUCGCUAAAAAUUCUACUUAUACGGUAUUUAAAAAUUAUUUUAAAUUUUCACAGAAUCAAGAAGAACAAUAUCACAAAGUGAUGGUAUCAGUUAGAUUAGUUUUGACCGUUUUAUAUUAGAGUCAGGGUCACAUCAAGGUCAUUACCUUUUACCUGGACAUUAAGAAUGAAAAAAUACUGCAACCAAUCGUGUGAUACGGUCCUCUAUUUCAAAAGAUUAAAUGGUUUUCUUUUCACAUAAAAAGAUGCUCCCAUAUAGGGUCUAUAAGAUGAUAUUACCAAAUUGACACCAAUAGUUUAACAAAAAUGGAUUUUGGCUAAUCCGAAUUUUCUCUAUUUUUCUUAAAUUUUGAGGAUAUAUUAGUUAUUUUUAUAUGUGUCCUAUAUUUAAAAUUUCUAAAUUAUGGUAAAGAAGUCAUAUAGAGAUACAAAAUGAUACAAAAACAAAAAGUUUUGACCGUUUACUAAGAGAGUAAAAACGCUUUCUAUGGAUUUUUGGCUCAUAUCUGUACUUAGAAUGGCAGCUUCUUAAAGCUUAUAUAAUUGUAGUUUGUUUAGAAAAUCAUAUUUAUUUGAUAUAUUUUAAAACUUUAGUUUCUUAUCUUUAAUAUAACUAACAUUGAAAAUCCUUCAAGUCUUUGAUUGUGUAUUAUGACUAAAUUCAUUUUUCUACAAUAAUUUUGAGAAUCAGAAAAGAAAAUAUUUUCAUACGCCACCAUUCCGCCAAAAAUAUAGUUUCUUCUAGAUUUUAAACUCAGUUUACCAUAUCUAUUUAAAGUUGUACAAUUGUGAUGAGAAAAGAAAAGUAUGAUCUUUUAAAUCUCUUACAUCUAGAUAUCUAAGAGAUAUAAGCAAAUAUACUUUGAAUAUUUGAAUGUUUCAUCUAGUCAGAAACCAGAGAAGAAUCCUACCUUAAAGUAAAAAAAAAUGUAUAAAAUAUUUAUUUUCGUGUUCAACUCCCGCCAUUAGCAGGUUAACUAAAAUCAAGAGGCGGGAAGUCUCUGAUACCACCACUGUUAUUUGUUUGUUCAUUCAUGUUGAUUAAAAUAUUUUUUUUUUAAAAAAACGUAACUAUCAAAAUUUAUUGUUUGGAAUUACAUUUAUCUGAUUCUCACUUUGUCAGAUCAACGAAUGUGAAUUGUUUUUCUAUACUAGAUAAAUGACCGCACUGACCUCAUAUAUAUAUAUAUAUAUAUAGACAUUUUAUAAUGUUAAAAAAACCUUUGCCAAAACAAAUUGUUUUACAAAAUUCAUUUAAACAAAACAUGACAAUUCAUAAUUUGUUCUUUUUCACAUAGAUUCCUAAAUAUAUAGGUUUUGAGAUUCUCAAUACUAAGUCAUUAUCAAUGAAAUCUAAGGUAGUGUAUAGUCUACGUUUAUAUUCAAAAUAAAGUGGAAAUAAUCAAGUACCUGUACAACUUAAAUGCAAAGCAAAAACUGAAACAGCAUUAUUAAAACUAUUGUCCUGGAAGAAAGGUUUUCAUUUAAAAUACAUGUAUAUGUAUAGUUUUAGAGUCUGUUUUUCCGUGUAUUCCAUAUACUGAAAACGUGCAUAUUGUACUUUAUGUAAAUAAAUUGUUAACUUUUAGGUCUUUUUGUUGUGUAGUUGCUCUCUUUUUUACUUUACAUAUGUAAUUAGUACAAAUGUAUAUAUAUUGUUAUAGUAUAACAAACAAAACAGGAACAUCAAAAUAGAAAUGUUAUGUCGAAAUGCCAGUAUCAAAACACUUUUAAAUUUUAUGGUCACUUCACGAUAUGAUUGAUUCUGCUGACGAAUGAACACGAAACGAAAGAAUACUAAAUUAUGAAUAGAAUAAGUAGAUGCUUUUUAAGACAAACUGCGACAUAGACAGAUUACUUUGCAAGCAUUUAUGUGAUUUUGAAGGUAAGUUGUUUUUUCAAAUCAUUGUCCCGAGAAUUAUUUUGAUGGAAUCACAAUGAGGCCAACAUUAUGUAGAAAUUAAUGUAAUUUGAUAAUAAAUAAGUAGAUUUAUAUUAUAUCAUAA